AUGAUUGAGCGUUUGCGUACCGCUUUUGCAGAAAGAGCUCGAGGUUUGCAACACGACGCAUGGUCCUCAUCAAGUGAGGAAGAUGGUGAUGAAUUUGUUGAUGUGCCCCAAUUACACGAGGAUUUCUUCAAAAAACCAGAGCAGGCAUCUCCGUCUGUUGAACUGAAAGCACAGCCAGUGGAAGAAAGGCCGAAAAAAUCUUCAGGCGCCGAAAAGGAACAUCAUAUUCAUGAAAAUAAGAUUACAAACGACCACAAGCAGGUAUCUUUACUUUCCUUGCCGACCGUUUAG